UCCGCUUAAUAUCGCAGCGUGCUGCUGUGCUGCUGCCUAUAAAUCGCCGACGGCUGCAAAAUCACUCGAAAAUCGACAUGAUGCUAGCUUUCAGCAUGGCCACCGCGGAUUUCCUGCUCCUCGUAGUCAUCGUAGCAGCUGCUUCCUCUUCCUUCACCGGCGUCCACGCGGGCGCCGCCUGUGCGCCCAAGGAGAGGGACGCCCUCCUGGCGUUCAAGCAAGGCAUCACCAGCGACCCCGGGGGCCUCCUGGCGUCAUGGCAGCCAGAAGAUGAGCAUGACUGCUGCCAGUGGGAAGGAGUCCAGUGCAGCAACCUGACAGGCCAUGUCCUCGAGCUGCACCUCAGCAGCGGAGAUCUGACCAGCGGAGGUCUGACCGGAGAGAUAAGUCAUUCUCUGCUCUCCUUGCAGCAUCUUGAAUAUGUCGAUGUCAGCUUCAACAACCUCCAGGGGCCGACCGGCCAAGUCCCAGAGUUCCUAGGAUCUUUCAAGAACCUAAGAUAUCUUAACCUCUCUAGCAUACCGUUUUCCAGUAGGGUGCCUCCUCAACUUGGCAACCUCUCAAAGCUGCAGUAUCUUGAUCUUUCAUACACUGGUUCGCAGCAGCAGUACAUGUACUCCACUGAUCUCUCGUGGUUGACACACCUACCUUUGUUGCAGUACCUCGACAUGGGGUCGGUAAAUCUUAGCAUGGUAACUGAUUGGCCGUAUGUGGUGAAUAUGUUGCCUUCUUUGAGGGUCCUUAUUCUUGAUGAUUGCUCGCUAGCAAGUGCAAACCAAUCGCUCCCACACCUUAACCUUACAAACCUUGAGGAGCUCGAUCUCUCCUUCAAUAGCUUUCAACACCCAGUUGCAUCUUGUUGGUUUUGGAACCUAACAAGCCUAGUGUACCUCUCCGUCCACGAAACUGCGCUGUACGGACAACUCCCAAGUACGCUGGGAGACAUGGUAUCCCUUCAAGUACUAGACUUGUCAGAUAAUAGUAAUAACUUGAGCAUGACGACGACAAACUUGAAGAACCUAUGCAACUUGACUGUUCUAGAUCUUGAUGCAUCUCUUUCGUAUGGAAAUAUAACAGAGUUGAUUGAGAGGUUGCCGCAGUGUUCAUCAAACAAGUUGCAGGAGUUGCAUCUAUUCUCAAACUACCUGGUAGGGUUCCUACCAAGCAUCAUGGGGCACUUGACCAGUAUAGUCACUCUUGAUCUCGGUUGGAACAACAUUACUGGACCUGUCCCUGCAGCAUUUAUAGGGCAUUUUGCACAUUUGAGGACCCUUGACCUCUCUUUCAACCACCUCACUGGACAUGUGCCAUCUAAAAUAGGUCAUUUUGCACAUUUGAGGACCCUUGACCUCUCUUUCAACCACCUCACUGGACAUGUGCCAUCUGAAAUAGGUAUGCUAGCUAAUUUGACUGCAUUGGAUCUAAGCGGCAAUGACUUGGAUGGUUCGAUCACAGAAGAACACUUGGACGGUUUACGAAGCUUAGAGUACAUAGACUUAUCUAAGAAUCAAUUGAAGAUUGUGGUGGGUUCAAAAUGGCAACCCACAUUUAGACUACAAAAAGCAUAUUUUGCAUCGUGCCAGGUCGGUCCUCUAUUUCCUGCAUGGCUUAAAUGGCAAGUGGAUAUUCUUUGGCUUGAUAUCUCAAACACAGGUAUAAUAGAUCGGCUUCCAGAUUGGUUUUGUAAUACAUUUUCAAAGGCCAAAUCCUUGGAAAUCUCCAAUAAUCAAAUCUGUGAUGGCUUACCAACAAAUAUGGAUAUCAUGUCAUUGGAAGUACUACAUUUCAGUUCAAGCAACCUAACCGGUCAAAUACCUCCAUUGCCAAGAAACCUCAGCAUGUUGGAUAUCUCAAGAAAUUCUUUAUCAGGACCCUUGCCAUAA